AUGUCCGAGGGUGAGCAGUCGCCUUCUGCUGAUAUCGCCGCGAUCGACCUAGCCCUUCGGCGUGUCUCCUUGCGCAUUUUGUGGGUGGCGGGUCGUGGGAGCUUGGUGAACCGAUGCUGUAAUGUCAGUGCAAGUCCCGUCCGUUACCUCGUUUACACUUGCUGGAAGAUGCUACAGGCCUCGACUUUCUUCACACGUUCUUCAGCACACCUCGACGCCAGUUGGACUCAACCUGUCUGUCCACCAACAGACUCUCGCGUAGGGAAGCGUUGCCAGAUUGGUAUUGACGCGGCUCUAACGCGAUUUCAAAUGUGCCUCGCCUCAUCGUCACCUGUUGAUCUGAGCGAAUCGAAGCGCAAGAAGCCCUGGUUGACUGAAGGCCAUGAAAGACAUUCGUGGAACUACUUGCGGCUGCUUGAUUUUGAAUUAGAUUCUCGAGCAACCUUAAUCUUUGGGGAGAUGGGAUGUCUUAUCGACACACGGCUCGGAGUUUUCCGGGGUGUUGGAGCACCACCAUUCGCUGUGUUAAAUAUCCCGAGCCAUCCAGAGCGGCGCUGUGUUCUUAUCUCUCGUGGGUUUCUGAACACAUUGGCUGCUAUAUCUAGUUCUCACGCUAUUGAAGAUCUGCCACAUGCAAGUUUCCCCAUUAGCGAGGCGUCUCGCGCUGUCAUUCGGGGACGAGUGAACAUGUAUAGUGUACUAGGACAAACUUCACUUUACGUAGGAAAGCCUGCGAAACAUGCCCAGUCGGUCGCUUACACUGCUUCGAACCUGACUGACUAUUAUUCCCUCUAA